CUGAACCGUGAUCCCGAAGUCUGUGUCUGCAGUUUUCACGCCUGGAUUCGGCCAGGUGAAAAAAACACAGCAUGCUGGGCUCUGGAUUUAAAGCUGAACGUUUACGAGUCAAUUUGAGAUUAGUCAUAAAUCGUCUUAAACUAUUAGAGAAAAAAAAAACGGAACUGGCGCAGAAGGCAAGGAAGGAAAUUGCUGACUAUCUGGCCGCUGGGAAGGAUGAGCGCGCUCGCAUCCGCGUGGAGCACAUCAUCCGGGAAGACUACCUCGUGGAGGCCAUGGAGAUCCUGGAGCUGUACUGUGACCUGCUACUGGCUCGGUUUGGUCUCAUCCAGUCUAUGAAGGAGCUAGAUUCUGGUCUGGCUGAAUCUGUGUCUACACUAAUCUGGGCUGCUCCUCGACUCCAGUCAGAAGUGGCUGAGUUGAAAAUAGUUGCAGAUCAGCUCUGUGCGAAGUAUAGCAAGGAAUAUGGCAAGUUGUGUAGGACCAACCAGAUCGGAACUGUGAAUGACAGGUUAAUGCACAAACUGAGUGUGGAAGCCCCACCCAAAAUCCUGGUGGAGAGAUACCUGAUCGAAAUUGCUAAGAAUUAUAAUGUACCCUAUGAGCCUGACUCGGUGGUCAUGGCAGAAGCUCCUCCUGGUGUAGAGACAGAUCUUAUUGAUGUUGGAUUCACAGAUGAUGUGAAGAAAGGUGGCCCUGGACGAGGAGGAGGAGGAGGGGGCGGGUUCACAGCACCAGUGGGUGGACCUGAUGGAACAGUGCCCAUGCCCAUGCCCAUGCCUAUGCCCAUGCCAUCUUCAAAUCCUCCUUUCUCAUAUCCAUUGCCAAAGGGACCAUCGGAUUUCAAUGGAUUGCCAAUGGGGACUUAUCAGGCCUUUCCCAAUAUUCAUCCACCUCAGAUACCAGCAACUCCCCCAUCGUAUGAAUCUGUUGAUGACAUAAAUGCUGAUAAGAAUGUCUCUUCUGCACAGAUUGUUGGUCCUGGACCCAAGCCAGAAGCCUCUGCAAAGCCCCCUUCCAGACCUGUGGAUAACUAUGACAACUUCGUACUGCCAGAGUUGCCAUCUGUGCCAGACACACUACCUGCCGCAUCUGCUGGUGCCAGUACCUCAGCAUCUGAAGACAUUGACUUCGAUGAUCUUUCCCGGAGAUUUGAAGAGCUGAAGAAGAAAACAUAGGCCUCUUAACAAAGGCAGUUUCCAAAUUCUGGGAAUUGGGACUGAGCAGUUUCUCCUUGUAACAAAGAAUCUCCAUGAAAUUCCGUUUCAUCUAUUAACCGUCACUGAGCACACACUUCCUCUGGCUCUCCUUCUGCUCUGUCAGAUUCCUCUGCUUCCCAGUUCUCUAUUGGCUCUAAGAGGCUAACAGCUGGAGACUUUGAGACCAGAGCAGCUGAUCCCUGGCUACUGUGCUUGUCCAGUUCCUGUCAGUGAGCCCAGGUUCUCUCCUGGCCUGUCCUACAGUCCCUCCACAGCAGGGUGAGAAGAUGAAAGUGUUGUGGGAGAAUAGCCAGAGGUGGCCGGACAGUGGAGGAGAGCAUUUCAUGAGUGUCUCAGCCUUGCGUUGACGUUCCAGACAUAGAAACAUACCCCUCCGGGUUGGGGGAUUAUGGUGAGUGAGAAUCAAGGCCAACUUGUGUUGUUUUCUCACUAUUAUGAAUGGGAGAGAGAAAAAUGACUCAGGAAGCCAUUGUAACGGUUCCUGGAAGCUGGGCCCUCUCAUUGGCAUAUACACUUCUCCUUGCUAUGGGGCACUGUUGUACCUGGAUCCAGUUGCAAAGUUUAUUUGGAAAGUUGAAGGCCCCCUCUUACUUCUACUGGAUUCUCAGGGAGCCCUCUGUGGCCUUUUCUUUAUUUUGAGUGCAGUGUUUCCCUUUUACCAGAGAGCAACACUAGAAAUUCCCGUUCUCCCCAUAGCAUGUUCUGUUGGAUUGCACUACUGGCAGAGGAAGGACAGGCCACGUUGCUGGGCAGAAGUUGCCAUUCAAGCCUGGGGUAGGCUUCCAGCUGCCUUAAUAGAAGUACUCAAGACUCUUGGGUAGUGAGUUGGAAAGCCUACAGGAGAAGAGGGUUGCUUGUUUUCAUUUGAAAACUUCAUGAUUAAGGGAACAUUAAAAAAUUGAUUGCAGAUACGCACGUGGCUAUAGUGGUUCACUGCUUUUCUGAACAGAUGACACUCUUACUGUUGUAACAUAUGUGCUCCUUUGCCCCUUUGCAAAGGCCAUCUGUCCUCACAGGGAUGGCUGUGGGAUUAGAAGAUACUGACUUUGGCUUCUAUGUAAUGUAUCUGUACAUAAUUGUUUCAAGCAACUUUUUUUUGAUUGGUUUGUAUCUCAUAGCUUAAUAGCUGCUAAUAAAAUGAAAGAUUUCGUGUC